AUGUGCAAGGGUUUGCAAACCCUUAGGGGAACGUUACAUACAUCAACAACAAACAAACACUUUUCUUUCUCAACUACCACUAUCCACAUUGACGACCACCCGCAACCGCGACCAACAACCCCACCUUCUGCAACCACCGCCGUUCGACGUUCUGAACCACCAUCGCACACGUCGACAACAACGACAACAUGGCAACGCCACAUCAGCAGCCCAACGGCUGACGGCGACCUGGCACGUCAACGGACGUGCCACGUCGUCCAGACGGUGACGACGCAAUCGUCGUCACUGCCCACAUUAGUUCAGGUGCCACCCGAAUGGAUGACAGGUGACGGUGACGACCUGGCAUGUCAACGAGCGCCCAACACCAUGAAAAGUGAUGAAUGCCCAGCACCACCACUCGAGCCCAGGUGCUACGUCGCUGUUAGCAACGUGGCAACCAAACGACGAACAACGGCCAAUUCGUCGUUCGUCGUUGUCAUCCAUCUUAUGACCCACCGAUUACAUGACACAAUGAUGACACCGCGCUGCAACAACGACACGACGACAAUGACAGUGGACGGUCGAACGACCGACACAACGACAUCUGAUGACACGACAAAAAGAGGGGGGCAUCACCUUGACUUAUUGUACAUUAUCCUUGACCCUAACGUUCACCCGUUGUGGGUUUUCGACCCCCCAAACCCUGUACAAACCCCUACCCCCACCCCUGAAAUACCCUUACCCAUGGAAAGGGUACAGCUGUCUGCCAUUGGUAGCAUCUACCUUGCGUCCACCCGUCCUUGGUGGUUGAAAUAUUAUCGAAUCCUGAGCAAGAGAAAUGAGAUUCGGCAGAUCCCAGCAGCGGAAAUUGAAUUCUCAUUGGUGAAAUGCGGACUGCUCUCAGAGGCCGCGUAUGCUUCGUUCCUCUUCGACAGUGGUCCUUGUGAGGCAUGCGGAAAUGAGACAGUACAGCCUUAUGCAUCGUUUGCAUUGCGACUCAGAUUGUGUCCGAAGGACUCUUGCAUGAGGGUGUUUUUGACAACGUGGCCUACGAUCACUCCGAUUUGUCGCCGAACGGCUUGGACGACCACGUUAAACGAAUAUGAAAACAUGACUGACCGUUCUUCGUAUGCCGAGAUCUGUGCCGACCUAUACGAUUGGUUUACUAGGGUUCAAAAUGCCUUCCGUCUACACAAGAAAGAAAAGGAAGCUGCCAGAAAAGGUCUUGUAACUCUAAAUGGAUGGGACUUCUGGGACAUGAUGAAUUGUACCGUUUAUGGGCCUUACCACAAGCACAAAAACCGAAUCUAUGAGCAAGUUGGCGGCGUCGCAGAAGCCGCCCAUAGAAAGAGUAGAGAAGAAGCACUCCAACAUCAUUCCCGCCUCCGCUCUGCCGUACCCGCUCAGGGUGAAUCGCGAAAACCGGCCGCUGUGUCUGCGUUUUUAAAGCUCCCAGUUCUCGACCCCUUGCAAUCCCCUGGAUCGUUACCAGACGACACCAGCGUUUCCAAGACUCUGAAGAAGGAUCCUUUCGUGACUUGCAUUCUCGAGGGUCAGGUGGCUCAAUGGACAGACAAAGCUAGACAAGAUUUUGGAGUCAUGUUCGGCUAUCCGGCAGAAUGGAAGUCCGCGAACAAAAACAUAGUACAUCCAGCAGAGCGGCUAUCUGCGAGGUAUUUGUGCAAAAAAUGCAAGUACUUCCCUACCAAAUAUCGCGAUGACGAAUGUUUGGAUUUCGCGGGUGCAUGUGCACAUCAGUGUGUGGUAGGAAAUCCGAAAGCCAAGAAGAACGGACAGGCCAAAUGGACUGUUCCAAACUUCAAGAAGGAUGAUAAAGCUUCUGCGGCUCUAAAGCAGUUGAUUGCAAUAUUUGGCCAUGAUAACCAGAAGUCAAGCGCCAAGGAUGUUCUAUCCCGUAAUAAUUAUGUUCUCUGUGUCUCUUGUGACCCUCCUUUGUAUGUUUGUACCGCCGGCGUUGCGGGCCACAGUCAUCGACACGAAGAGAUGAAGAUGCAGAUUGCCAUCACUGGAUACGAUCCAUUGGUUAUGGGCGCGCACGAUGUCGAAAGGGGUCUUGACGGUCAAAGUUGUACAGGAGAAGAUCAUUUUUGGGUGCCGACAUUGCUUGCCAACUUCGAAAUGGGCAGGGACGUUGAUUGGGUCGGCGGGAGGGGGGUCUUUUGCCACUUGACAUCAACAACCGGAGGCGAUGAUACAGCUGGGGCGGAACAACCCUCUGACGCUUUUGGAGAGGAGGAAAAGAACGAGAGAAAAGAGAAGCAACCCAAAUUAUUCAGUUUCAAUGGUUUUGCUUUCCCGCAGGCAUAA